AUGGGAGGGAGGUUGAAGGAACGGGUUGUGAAGGAAGGGAGGCUGAAGGGAGGGGGGCUGAAGGGAGUGGGACUGAAGGGAGUGGGGCUGAAGGGAGUGGGGCUGAAGGGAGGGGGGCUGAAGGGAGUGGGGCUGAACGGAGUGGGGCUGAAGGGAGGGGGGCUGAAGGGAGUGGGGCUGAAGGGAGUGGGGCUGAAGGGAGUGGGGCUGAAGGGAGUGGGGCUGAAGGGAGUGGGGCUGAAGGGAGUGGGGCUGAAGGGAGGGGGGCUGAAGGGAGUGGGGCUGAAGGGAGUGGGGCUGAAGGGAGGGGGGCUGAAGGGAGUGGGGCUGAAGGGAGGGGGGCUGAAGGGAGUGGGGCUGAAGGGAGUGGGGCUGAAGGGAGUGGGGCUGAAGGGAGCGGGGCUGAAGGGAGUGGGGCUGAAGGGAGUGGGGCUGAAGGGAGUGGGGCUGAAGGGAGGGGGGCUCUGCCAUCACGCUUACCCUCUCGCCACUCGUCCUCGUGGAACCACCCAGGCUGAGUGGAAUGGGCGGGUGUCAGCAAUGGGUGGCAUGGCAGUGACCCGGGGGCACAUGACAUGCUGGGUGUUGCCAAGCACCGGUUUUUCCUGCUUCUCCUGCACCGUUUUUUGGGCAAUAAUAGUCUCCCGGCCCGGCAACUUGGACGUGGUACCGUUCAUGAGGAACCUAUGGGCUUCUGGCAGCAUCUCCGCACCUGCUUCUCCUGCACCGGUAUCCCUCCGCCCCACAAGCUCCUGCCCCUGCAGCGCAGGCGCACUGCUCGACCACGCAAAGGCUGCUGAGCAUUGA